AUGCUCUUAGUGAUGGUAAUUGUACAACGACUGAUGAUCUCUACAAUGCUUCUCUUCGGUUUCGACUCCUCAGACAACAAGGUCUUCAUGUUUCCUCAGAUGGGUUUAGAAACUUGA